UUCGCAGAACCUCCCCCCUCCCCCCGGACCCGAGCCCGCCGCUCAGCCUGGGAGCAUAGGUCGCCACAGCGGGCCUGAACGAGGGAGCUACAGAAGAAAACACCAGAGUUGGAUGGAAAUCACUCCCCAAGUGGCAACAUGGACUUCUUCAGUCGUGAGAAUCUUAGCAACAGCUUCCCCCUCCAGGUUAAUGGGAAGAUGGCUAGUGCCCCAUGGCAGAACUAUUUGAUUCAACUGUUCAGUAUGAAACCUAAGCACAUACCUCAGAUCAUCCCAUUGGUGUGCAUCAUCACUUUAUUUGGAGGACUUUUGAGGACCCGCUUAAAAGAUUUACGGAUUCUUAUUCCUUUAGUACUAUUUCUCCUUGGUUGUGGUCUUGAACUACUAAGUUACUCAUCUUAUGAGGUUCAAAAAUAUACAGAUAUCAUAGAAUGGAUGAGUCCUUUCUUAUAUAUUAACUUGUUUACACCAGCAAUUAUAUUUUCAGUUGCAUUUGAAAUGGAAUUUUAUAUGUUUCAGAAAUUAUUUUGGCAGAUUAUACUUCUUUCUAUUCCUGGCAUUUUUCUGAAUUAUUUUUUAAUUAAUUGGUAUCUGUCAACGAUGAAUAAGUACAAGAUGAAAAGGAUUACCCGCUCCUUGGUUUCGCUCAUCCUUGGCGCUAUAGAUCCCAGCUUGUCCGCGACUUGUAUAAAAGACCUAGGUCUUUCAAAAGGCCUCAUUAACUUAAUAAAAGGAGAAUGUUUGUUGACUGCUGCUUGCACUGUUAUUAAUUUUAAUCUCAAUUUACAAAUUUACAACCAACUGCAGGCCAAGCCUUUCUCUACAUUAGGUAAACAGAUAUAUGAAAUCCCAUUGAAAAAAUAUGUACUAAGUUGUAUAUUUGGCUAUUUCAGUUCAAAAGUGUUCUUGCUUUGGCUGGUUAAUACAUUUGGUGAUGAUAUCACAGAAGCAGCUCUUAGUUUCUCAUCGGUAUACAUCAUUUUUUAUCUUGCUGAAUGGUCUGGCAUGUCUGGAAUUCUUUCUCUCGCUGUUUUAGGGCUUUUUCUAAAUUCAACCAGUUUUAGACCAGGAGCUGAGCUCUUCCUUUUCAAGUUCUGGAAAUGUAUAACAUUUUUUGCAAUUGUUAUGGAGUUCACCCUUAUUGGAAUUCUUGUCCCUGCUCAUUCUUACGUAACUCUGUCAGUCGAUGAUAUAUAUUAUGCAGUACAGUUAUACUUUACACUGAUUGUUUUAAGAAUUAUGGUUCUUUUGGUUUUGAAUCCUUUUUUGAGUUACCUUGGAAAUGGUUUUAACUGGCGCUGGGCAAUUACGUUGGUGUGGAGUGAAAUGAGGGGACUUCCUAAUAUAAACAUGGCUCUCUUAUUUUCCUACAACAUGAAUACCAUGAGUUCGGAAAGGAUAAGAGCUAAGGUAUUGCUUCAAGUAGUGAUGUUAUGUUUAAUUACCCUGAUUGUGAACUCAUUCACUUUGCCCUGGGUUGUUACCCAAUUAGGCCUCCGCGAUGUCACCUUAACAAAACGGAAAUCACUCUAUUACACUGUUCAGCAUUUCCAGGAAAUAAUCACCACCACGGCUUCAACUUUAAAAUUUGACAAAGAUCUUGCCAAUGCAGAUUGGAAUUUGGUUGAGGAAUCAAUUGUGUUUAAAAAUCCAUAUCAAUUCAGCCCGGAAGAAUCACCAGAACCCCUCAAAAUCAAAUGCCCUGAUUGUAACAAGGAAUUAGGUGAAGGUAUAGCCAACCCUGAAGCAAUGGAGCUAGCCAGAGUCCGCCUUCUGUCAGCCCAAAUUGCGAGUUACAAGAGGCAGUACACGAAUCAGAUUUUGAGCCAGGAUGCCGUCCAAGUCUUGGUAGGCGCUGCAGCAAGCUUUUGUGAUAAAAAAGGAGAAUAUAUGAACCUUCAGGCGAUAAGGACUUAUUCCGAAAGCAAAAAAUUACUGCAUCUCCUGAGAAAAUUGUUGCUGAAUUGGGUAUACAAUACAAAAAAGGAGAAAGGAAUCCCAUCUAGAAACCAGAUUCUUUUUCUUUGUCACAAGAUAGUGUUUACUGAUGAAUUUGAAUACACUGGUUACCUUGCUAUAAUGUUGAAUUUGGCUCCCAUUAUUAUUUCUUGGCUACCUGUCCUGAGCAAAAUCUAUCAGGAAGAAACUACAAGGGCCAAUCAUUCUUUCCUUAUAUUUUACAUAGUGGAAGCGAUUCUCAAGAUCGCAGCAAUGAGAAGUGGGUAUUUCUUACAUGCCUGGAACCUCUUUGAGUUAACCAUUACAUUAGGCGGCAUCAUAGAUGUCCUACUUACUGACUUCAAGGGUGAUAAGUACACCUACGAUAUGAGUCAAGUUGUGGUUUCUUUUAAAAUUAUUCGGUUUCUUAGAGUGCUUCGUAUUCUGAAGCUUAUAACACCAAAGAUGUUGCGUGUACUGGAUAAAAGACUGAGUGACCAGCUCUCCUUUAGGUAUGCCAUAUUAAAAGGAUAUGUCCAAGGUGAAGCAGACAUAACAUGUAUAAUUGACCAGAUUGCUGGUCGUAAAUCAGUGGCACGGUUGCUGCAUAAACUUGUAUCAAAGAAUGCUAAGCAGGCUCUGAAAGAACUUGGUUAUUUAGAGUAUGAUCACCCAGAUAUCGCCAUCACCAUGAAAACGAAACAGGAAAUUAAUGCCAUACUCCAUCUGGCUUUAGAAAUUCUUAGGAAUUUGCAACUAAGAGGAAUUAUUAGUAAAGCGGAAAGUUCAGGAAUGUAUAAGAUGAUUCUUUUCAAAAGGAAAGCCGUAUUAGAUUUUCCAUCUGUCAUCCAAGCUCCCUCUGUUAAAGAAAUGUUAAGCCACGUUACAUGGCUAGAUAAAAAUGAAGUCCAUAUUAAUUUCAUUCAGGAGAAAGUCAAAAUUUUGACCUUUGACUGCGGGAAUUAUAUAUUUGAAGAAGGUGACAGACCUCAAGGAAUCUAUCUGAUUAUCUCAGGUAUGGUUAAGCUUCAAAGUUCGAGACCUAAUUUGGAGAAUGUCAGCAAACUCUUUGAAACUGAAGAAGAAGGGAAGAUCACUUACACGGACUACCAGAUUAGUGGUUCCAUAAUAGGAGAGCUGAGCUGCUUAACUCAGGAACCCAUGAAAUACUCUGCCAUCUGUAAAACCGUUGUAGAGACAUGUUUUAUCUCAAUCUCUCACUUGCAUGAAGCCUUUGAGAAGUGUUGUCCAGCCCUAGAGUACAAAAUGUGGCUAAAGCUUGCACUUUCAGUAGGUACCAAAAAAGUCAAGGAAUGCUUGGCCUACCAGGACUGGACGUACAAGAUGCAUUUACAGCUUUCCAAUGUAUAUGUGAAGAGUGUCCCAAUGGGGAUAAAAACUGAUAUUUAUGAUGAAACCAUGGAGCAUGUCGUUCUUAUACAUGGAAGUGUAGAAGACUGUCAGUUACGGAAGCUUUACUUCGCCCCAUUUCUGAUACCUAAAACUUGCCAUCAGGUACAAGGCACUUCUAAAAUAACGAAACUCCUGGUGAUGCAGACUUCCGUCAAUGUAAAGAAAUGCAUGAGAAAUAUUGCAAAAUAUGUCCCUGUGUGCAAACAUAUUACCAGAACAAGUGCUGGAAGCUUCUCCAGAUCACUAGAAAGAAGGCGUGAGAGUGAGGUGCACUUAAACAUCGGCAAGGUAAAAUGA